GGUGACCGGCGUGUGAUCCUCAACGGUGCCUCAUCUGCAGCACUUAAAAGAGAAGAUACACUUUCUAUUUAUCGACUUCCCGGCGAGCGCCCUUCAUUGACGAAGAUCGCCGGAGCUGCCGCCCACCGCAGUACCAAAGAACCACCCGCUACGGGGCUGCCCCUCAUUUUUGUUCUGUACAUCUCCAAAAGCCUUUCAUUUCUAAGUUGUUUAAUCCGCCUUUUUUUUUUUGCUGGUUUGGAGCAUCCGCGCCCGCAGGCCCUCGUUGUCUUCCUUUUCCCUUCCUGGCUGCUGUGCGCGCCGCAUUGGAGUGCUGUUCCAACACUGUUGUGUCGUGUCGUUGCGCGUGAGACCCGCGAGAGCGCGAAUAUCGGUUGAGGUUGCGCCUGUCAGGCGAAAAGUGACGUCCAUAGCGUCGCUCUGCUCAUCUCCUCCGUACCACCGCCGAAGGAAGCAUCUUCCAUCGCCCACGCCGCGGCCUUGUGUUUGCGCUUCGAGUUCUACCGUUCGUUUCGUGCCGCACGCAGCCGCGCACCGCCCCGCCUGCCACCGCCACCACCACCAACAGCGAUAGCAGCAGUGGACGCUAUUAUCUUUAUAUACAUCUACUUCUUUCUAUACACCGACCGUAGCACUGCUCUUGCUUUUCUUUCCGUUCGUUGUGCGACCGUCACAGCUGAGGUAAAACGCAGGUCAUGGCCCACAGCAACGCGCAGGCAUCUCUCGCGGAAGCCGUGUCCGCGUGGGACGCGAUGGGGUCGCCCACCUUCCGUCUCCCCCCGCACGUUGUGCCGCAGCACUACGCCAUCGAGUUUCAGCCGAACACCACACUGAGCACGUUUGUCGGUGCGGCGUACAUCACGCUGCGGGUGGCAGUGGCGCCAGCGGCCCCUCUCACACAUCUCGUGUUACACACACUGGACCUCACGCUGGAGAAGGUAUCGAUACGCGUCUUUGUGCCGACCGAGGCGCGGACGCUGCUGUCCGGAUCCGGUCUGCAUCCCAGCCAGCAUCGCACAGCUGUCGCCCCACAGAAGAGGCUUUAUGGCGACGGCGAGGGGGGCUGCAUCCCCUGCGCGAGCCUUCGCCGCUCCGCGGUGUCAGAGACGACGCAGCUGCUGUUUGACGCCCCCCUGCCCAGCGCCGUUGGGGACCUCUUUGUCCUCCUGAUCGAACGCUUUAACGGCCGCAUCCGCGUCAGCCCUUAUAUGACGGGGUUGUACCACUCCAGUCCCACCGAUCCGACCGUGAUCAGCACUCACUUGGAGCCGACCGACGCACGCCGUUUGUUUCCUUGCUUUGAUGAGCCGGCCAUCCAGGCCACCUUUCAGCUGUCUGUCGUCACAGACGCAGCGUCCACCGUCAUCUCGAAUACGGAGGUCGAGGCGGAUAUUCCGCUGUCGGUGCUGCCCUACUGCGGUAAGGUGGCCCGCAGCAUCAACAGCAACGCCGAGGAGGAAGACGCAAAGAACGGGAAAGCCGCUGCGAGCUCUAUCGCCGGUCUUCUCUCGGAGGAGCAGGCGCCGGCGAACGCAUCGUUCUCUUCUGUCGGCUCAACUUCUGCGGCUGCGGCGACCAUGCCGUGGCACUGUGUGCGGUUCGAACCGACGCCCCCCCUGCACACCUGCGUCAUUGGCUUCCACGUCGGUCGGUACACCAUCCUCGAGCAGCGCACGCGGCUUUCUCGUGUGCUGUGUCGCGUGGUGCUGCCCCACACGGAGCAGAGCAGCAGCGGUUGGUUCGCGCUGGACCUCGCCACCAAGGCGCUGGACUUCUUUGAAGAGUUCUUCAACGUGCCGCUGCCGCUGAAGAAGCUCGACGUGGUGGCCGUGGAGAAGUUCGCCGUGCUCGGGAUGGAGAACUGGGGGCUGAUCAACCUACACAAGGACUACCUGAUCGUGACCGGCAGCACCCCGCUGGAGCGCCGUCAGCGCAUUACGCGCCUGAUUGGACACGAGACGUGCCAUCAGUGGUUCGGCAACUGGAUCACCAUCGAGUGGUGGAACUGUCUGUGGCUGAAGGAGGGCAUGUGCCGCUAUUUGGAGUACUUCUUCGUCAAUGCCAUCUUUCCCAGCUGGGGGCUGUGGAACGAAUUUCAGGCCAUGAUCAUGAACGACGCGCUACAGGCGGACGCCGACCCCUUAAAGACGCACCCCGUGGACAGCUGCAACGCUGCUCCGCGGCACAUCUUCGGCUCCUUCGACCUGAUCAGCUACGGCAAGGGUGCGUGCGUGCUGCGGAUGAUGGUCAGCAUCAUCGGCACGGAGUGGCUGAGGCGGGCAACACACCUGCUAAUGAUUCGCUUCGCGAACAGGUCGUUUAACGCGAACGACCUCGGUGACUGCAUCGUGGCGACGGCUGACGAGCACAGCAGCAAGGAGGCACAGGAGCAGCAUGCCAAAGGGAUCAGCUACGCACUGAAGAUGGUGGAGGCGGUGAGCCAUCCGUACUUGUACAUCCAGCAGAUACCCAACGAGGGCUACAACAUCACGCAGUACGUGCCCCCGAGCAAGCAGCACGGCCUCCUCGUCGAGUACUGGCAGAGCCAGCGCCAUAAGCUCGGCUCACCAGCGAUUGACCUUUUCUCAGUCCCGUCGCACGUGUCAUUCCAAUGGCGGCCUGAGGAGACGCUGACGCGCGUGUCGAAGCCGUUUGCCCUUCCGCUGCGAUCGGCCGGCUGGCACCGCGGCGGCCACGGCAGCGUGCGUCUCAUCUUCGUCGAGGACGCAGAGCACUUCGUGCCGCUCCUCGCCACCGCCACCGCGGCUGCUCCUGUUUCCUCCUUCUACUCCCCUGCCUCGAAAACCGGCGGCCACGCCGGCCCCAGCGCGUUUUUCGCCUCUCCUACGCUCAGCAAGUCCGGCGAGCAGGAGGCGUCCACCUCGCCGCGGUCCCCCACCUCCCCCUUCCACCGUGUGUUCUACUUCAACCACGGUGGCUGUGGCUUUUACCACUGCGACUACGACAUGGCAACGUGGCGGCAACUCUUCGAGUUCGUGGCCGCCUUCUCCGAUGACGAGCGGAUGGCCAUCACGCUCCACUUCAUCAACACGGCGAAGGCGCAGCUCGGCCACCAGCCCGACACGGUGGGUGACCGCUGCACCUUGUUCUUUGAGUGGCUGCUGCGGCUGACCACCACGCCAGGGGCGAUGAACUCGUUUCUGUGGGACAUCGUCACGGGGGCGCUGACCCACAUCGUGCACCUCGUCCAGCAGUACUACUGCCAGUCCGUUGUGAAGGCGUUCGUGAACGGCCUGUACCUGCCGCUGCAGAAGCGCUGCGCCCUCUCCUUUUUCGCGCAGGAGAAGACGGUGUCCUUCCAGAGCUCGAUCCACCUGUCGCGCCACUUAGUGCUGCGCAUUCUCCAGCUGCUGUGCCUCUGCGAGAACCCGGAGGUGAUGGACGAGGCCGAUGAGACGGCGCAGUGGGCGCUGGCCCGUGUCGUGCCGCUCGCUGACUCGCCCUACCACGCAGCCAUGGGCGGCAGCGGCAACGGCAGCGGCGGCCCCGGCAUCACGACGACGUCGGCAGCGGCGGCCGCACCGCUCUCGGCGGAUACUCUGUCGCCGCACUCCAUCGGCCUUCGCGCGAGUGCAGCGACGACUCAGCUCGCCACAGCACCGCUCGGCGUCCCCGCUCGCCGGUCCUCGCAGACAGACCUGGGCGGUGCUGGCGGUUCUUGCGGCACCCCAGCCAGCGCGGCAACCGCACCGAAGUCGUCACCGGUGAAGGCGACGCCGGCGCAGGGGCAUUUGCUGACGGGCAGCUUCACCGGGUCGGCCGCGCGCGCGUUGCCGCCACCGCAGCUUUCCUCCACGCCGCACGGCAACGCCGAUCACGGUCCGGGCAGUAACGUCACAAAUCUUUUCAACUCCUUUGGCGGGCCGCCGAGCACCACGGACUGGGCCGGCGUGAAGAACAGCAGCAUCGCCAGCUACCCCUACCAGCGUGCCGCGGAGCUCAACUUGACAGACGCGAGCCACGUGAAAGCCGGCGUGAUCGCCCUCGCUCAUCUAGCCUCCCAAGGCCGCACAGAGCACUGGGUGGCCGCGGCGGCGGUGGCGGCGGAGGUGCUGGAAAUUGACACGGACGCGUUGCAGCGUCUGAGCGGGAUAGCGGUUCCGUCAGUGCGCCUCAGCGGCCUCGACCGCAGCAGCCGCGCCGACUACUUGCGGCUGGUGCUGCCGGCUGUCUUCUCCUUCGAUCGUGAGCAGCUCUUUCCUUUUAUGGUGGAAAUCUUCCAGUCCGUGUCUUUCAUCACGGUCGAAUCUGUGGAGGCCCUCUACCGCAACUCGCGCUUCCUUCUGCACCUAAUCUCUCACGGGCUGCUGACGAACCGCAGCGUGUUGCACUUCAUCGUCACCACCGGGGCCGAAAUAUGCGGCAACGGCUUCGUGGUAGCGCAGCUGAAGGCGCUUGCGCAGGGCACGUCGAGCAACAACGACUCCGUCCAGAGCAGCGUGGAGAUGUUCAAGGAGGUCGAGUUCGCCGACUGCACGGUGCCGGCCCCCGGCAACGGCGACGGCAGCACCCCGCCGUCCACCGCCUCCUGCACCCUGCUGCCGACGUCGCAGUGCACGAGUUCGUCGGUGAGUGCGGCCCCCAGCAGCGCUACCGAGCGCAGCGCCUUGCGUCUGCAGUUCCCCGCCGUGGCGAGCGCGCUGGAUCUGAUGGAGUCGAACUGCGUGUGGAUGGAUUACUGCUGCUGGCACUACGACCACUUCUUGCGAGAGCAGCGGCAGGGCCAGGUGUGGCGGCCGACGCCCAGUGAGGCGAGCUGGUCGAUGCAGGUGUCGACGCUUGCCGGAGACGAGCUGGACGAUGGCCCGGAGAGCUUUGGUGGGGUGAGUAUUUGA